ACUCGUUGGCUACAAACGCACCGUUUCGACAUAACAGAUGCUUGGGAUUUCAUUGAUUCGACACGUGGUUCCAAGAAGAGUGUUCGAUCGAGGAGACGACUAUGAUGGGCUGAGGAGCUCAAUUCUGAGGAGUAGGGAAUCCGUAUUCGCAAGACCCCUGAUCAUUGCUGGGAGCAGUUUCAUUCAUGGACGCAUCGAAGAUUGCAGACUUCUGAGCCCAUUGAAUCCCCUCUUCUCGCACAUGGCUAGCACAUUACGGUUAUACUUGACCUGCAUAAGGAACACACUCGAGGCUGCAAUGUGCCUGCAGAACUUCCCAUGUCAAGAGGUUGAAAGGCAUAACAAGCCAGAGGUUGAACUAAAGACCAGCCCAGAGCUCCUGCUAAAUCCUGUUUUGAUCUGUCGAAAUGAGGCUGAAAAAUGCUUAAUAGAAACAUCUAUUAAUUCACUGCGGAUAAGUCUCAAGGUUAAGCAGGCUGAUGAACUUGAAAAUAUUCUGACCAAGAAGUUUCUCAGAUUUUUGUCUAUGAGAGCCGAGGCCUUCCAAGUAUUGAGGAGAAAGCCAGUACAGGGAUAUGACAUCAGCUUCCUCAUAACAAACUACCAUUGUGAGGAGAUGCAGAAGCACAAACUCAUAGAUUUUAUAGUGCAAUUUAUGGAGGAUAUUGAUAAAGAGAUAAGCGAACUUAAAAUGUCGGUGAACACACGAGGGAGGCUUGUAGCUACAGAGUUUCUGAAGCAAUUCACCUGAUGCUUUUAGGAAUGCCAAAUCCAAGCCUUGCAGAUCUGUUCCUGCCUUGCUUCAAAAGCGCCCGCCCCCUUAAAACCUGUGUUUUAUAUUGAAGAUCGUUAUAAAUUUAGCAUCUGUGCAGAAUUUUGUUUGUAAAGUUUGAGCGGAAUAUAUGAAGGGGCAAAAAACAGAGCAGUUACUUGAUGUAGAGAAAUAUAGCUUAAGCUAGCUUAUGAUUUUAAACGCCCUUUUCCCUAGCCUUAAGCUAAAGUCAACUCUGGUUUCUUGGCUUCCUGAACAAAAGGGUUCCAAGCUUAAAUAUAAGUAUCAAGCAUUGCAAACUAUCACU